AUAGACGCUUAUUGAUGAGGUUUCAUGGACGCAAAAUUUACACGCCUGGUUCUUGUGUGUUAAGUGUUUGUAAAACAUAAAGCACAUUUACCGUUUAUUAGGCUGAUUUUAACUGAAAAACAAUGAGUAAAAAGGGUAAUGUAUCAUGGGUGAAGCCAGCCGAACCAUCUUUUUUGAAGAAAUUUAAGAAUGAUGUUGGUUAUAAAGAAGGGCCGACGGUGGACACUAAAAAGCAGCAGAUGCCGCAGUGUGAUGAUGACAGUGAUGGUGACAGUGAUCGCGAGGACGAGAUGCCGCAGGUCGUGGUCUUAAAAAAGGGAGAUCUGAGUGCUGAAGAGGUUAUGAAAGUCAAAAAAGAUACAAAGGAUUCAAACACAGAUGAAGAGCCUCCAGCAGAUGGAAAGAUCGUCUUUAAGAAGCCUGUCAAACGCUCCUCUGAUAAAUUCAAAGGCAUCACGGCCAGCUCUAGCAAGAAGAAGAAAAGCGAGGAUGGCGAGAAGAAAGAGUCAAAAGCUGGUGUGAAGGUGAAGAACAACAGUCUGCUGUCUUUUGGUGAUGACGAUGAUGAUGAUGAUGAGGAAGAUUAGUCUGAUAUGGAUUCAGGCAUUUCUUUUGGUCAGAUUGUGUCUCAGACUGGUCCUUGCAAUGACCAAUCUGCUCUUUUAAAAAUAUAUUUCUGUGUGUAGAUGGUGAUAGAUGUAAAUAGGUGUUUGUGAGAGUGAAAUUCAUGCAGCUUAUUUGUUAAAUAAUUUUGUUAAACGUAUGAGUCAUUAUGAGCCUCUGGAGGAUCAUCAAUAGCAGGAAGAGGGAAGUACUGUAAUGAUAUAUAACAACAUCAAUCAUUAAUGACAGUUUUUUUAAAGACUGUGAUGAACGUAUGGACAAAAAGAGAAACAAAAAAACAAUUGGAAAUUAAAACAUGAUGGAAUAUGGAACAUAGAGGUUGAUUUCAAAGAGGCUAUUCAGUGUUUCAUAGAAAUGAAACUGUCCUGUUAGAGAUGUCCAACAGGAUGUACAUAAAUGGCUUCUAUGAAGGAGCUGUGCAGUUACCCUUUUUAAUCUUUGUUUUAGGUUUUGUUUUGCAAAACGUUGACACUCAAAAUCCCUGAUUCUGGGACUUUUGGAGUUGUAUUUUAUUAUACAUUGUGUCACAUUUAGAGGAAAGAAAAAAAUGCAUUCUGGAAUAAAAUGUUUUUACCACCA